AAGAGAAGAAGGUCUCUUUCCCGGCCAUCUUGUGGCAGCAUCUAGCGAGCUGUUCGCAUCAAGCCUUAUAGAAUCGGAGGAGAAUCGUGUUGAAGGGGCGCCAUCAUGCCCGGACAUCUGCAAGAAGGCUUCGGUUGCGUUGUAACCAAUCGGUUCGACCAACUAUUAGACGACGAAUCCGACCCUUUCGAGGUGUUAAAGGCAGCAGAGAACAAGAAGAAGGAGGGGGCCGCUGCUGGUGCCGCCAAGACUGCAGCUCAAGCCGCUAAGCAACCGAAAAAGGAGUCCCAGAAAGACAGGAAGAACCCUCUUCUCGACAAGAAGGAAGAAUCGCAGGCGCCAGUGCCUCUUAAGAAAGAAGGCAUCAGGAGAGUGGGAAGGCGGCCGGACCAGCCAUCCCCUCAAGGGGGGCAGCCCGGGUCGCAGCAGCAGGGGGGACCGGGCGAGGGCAGGCCUGGGGACCGCAGGCCUGAAAGGAGGCCGCCGCGGGAGCGCCGCUUUGAUAAGCCAUCUGAAGAGAAGCCAGAGGGCGGAGAGUUCUCAGUGGAAAAGUCAGUGGGCGACAGGUCUGUCCGAGGGCGUGGCGGAGGACGCGGGGGCCGUGGAGGUCGUGGGCGUGGUAUGGGCCGGAGCGACGGGUUUGACUCUCGCGGGAAGCGAGAGUUUGACCGACACAGCGGAAGCGACAAAUCCAGCCUGAAAGCCGAAGAAAAGCGUGGCGGGAGUGGAUCGCACAAUUGGGGCAAUGUAAAGGAUGAGCUCAGUGAACUGGAUCAGUCCAAUGCCACUGAGGAGACCCCUGAAGGCGAGGAGCAUCCUCCUGCAGAUUCUGAGAACAAGGAGAAUGAGGUGGAGGAAGUCAAAGAGGAAGGACCCAAGGAGAUGACCCUGGAUGAAUGGAAGGCUAUGCAGGACAAGGAACGCGCUAAAGUGGAAUUCAACAUCCGCAAGGCCAACGAGGGCACAGAUGGCCAGUGGAAGAAGGGCUACGUGCUGCACAAGUCCAAGAGUGAAGAUAGACCUGCUGGUGCUUUAAUCGACACUGCAGAGACGGACGCUGAUUCAACUGCCUUCCACCAAAAGGCCAAUGCAGAUGAAGCCGCUGGGGACCACCACUUCCGGAAGCCAGCCAACGACAUCACUUCCCAGCUGGAGAUCAACUUUGGGGACCUUGGCCGUCCGGGGCGUGGCCGUGGGGGACCCCGUGGAGGAAGAGGCGGGCGUGGCGGUGGUGGCAGCAGGCCUGCGCGUGGGGGCAGGGCUGAUAAGCCCGGCGGAGUGUCGGUGCCCAAUGUGGAUGAUCCAGAGGCCUUCCCAGCCCUGGCCUGAGUGGACACCGUUGUCAGCUAACCCAUAAGCCCCUCCUCCGGGUCCUCUUCUACAAGGCUUGCAUGCUUGGAUCCUCCUUCAACUAUAAUAAAACAAAACAAAAAAACCAAACAAAAAACAUGAGACUCAUCCCCUGCCAUCCACAACUGAGGACUGAACACCUACUGUUUAAAAAAAAAAAAAAAAAAAAAAAAAAAAAAAAAAAGGACUUCUCUUGCUACACUGAAGCAGAUUAUUGGUAGAGGUUUUGUAUUUAGAAACAUGGUAACAGGGAUGUUUUCAUACAGUAUUUUUUUUCAGAGAUUAUGCAUUCUUCAUAAAUGCGUUUUGUAUUGCUGCUUGAAAAUAAUAUGCAUUUCCAAAUACAGGUGUGAAGAGUGUCAUGAGUUAGCCCAACGUGCCCCCAUGGCUGUUUUGGCCCUGCAGAAUUUAUAGCUUCAGAGUACUAAGGGAACAUCUACCAGCCACUUAGGUCUACUACAAGGAGUACAUUAGAAGAAGUUACUGCAUUAUUCAAAGUGGGAUGUACAGGACUUUAUGCGCUUUGGUUUUCGUAUAUAUAUUUUUAAAUGUUUUAAGUGGAAGACCUAAAGUCAAAAGCUACUCCAUUUUAUGAAGAUGUUUCUGAACUUUUUAUGCUAGUUGUGCAGUGUAAAGCAAAGGCCUCUGGCUUCUUUUUGAGCUUUAUUCUGGUGGACCUUUUGGUCUUUGUGUGUAAACCUUGCUCCUCUGAAGAAUUCUGCCAUGCAUUUACCAGUAGAUGGUAGUCCUGAACCCCAUGCUAGUCCUGAGCCUGUCCUUGCUUCACCUAGGUAACUUUUUUAUUUCUGAAAAGUGCAAGGACCUUAGGACCACUAAUAGAAUAUAGUGUGUGAGACCACUUAAAUUUGAGGGUUUUUUUUUUUUUUUUACUUUUCCACUGAAGCUAGAAUACAGGUUUGAGGUAUUUAAUUUUUUUUUAUCUGGAUAUUAAAGCUUUCAUUUGAAAAGUAAAUUUU